CAAGUAAGGAGUAGAAAGUGGUAAGAGGUAUUUCAUUAAUCUUCGACUAAGACGACUCAAUUUAUUAGAAUUUAUUAGAAGUACAAAAUUAGUUCUUGAAUCAAUCUCGCUUCGACUUCUAAUUUUUGACACAGGGGAAGCAUCAGUCCCGCCUUGUGAAUCACCAAUAAUUUUGACUCUUUGUUCUUCAUACGGUAGUUUUUGGCGCGAAGAACGAGUUUGUACGGAACUGAAACAUUAUCUUAGGUACCGCAUGGUACCGUACAGUAACUGUUACAAGUACGAGUACCGUACGACGAUUCUUAGCUCCAUUUGCAGCAUUUUUUUCUGUACCGUACAGUACUGUACUUCAGUUCCUGGAACCAGUACCGGUAGGGUUUCAAUGAUUGUUGAUCGUGUGCACAAGUCCAAAAAUUCAUGCUAUUGUCAGAGUCCCAAUUCAACAGGAUCGCUUUAUCGACAAUUCAAUACCACGCUCCGAUUCGAUCAUGCCAUCGUCUAGCAGUAGAGCAUCGGCAAGGAAGAAGCGCCCCUCUCGUGAUCUGAGCGAUAGUGAUGACAGCGAUGACGACGAGCUGUUCGCCGAUGCCUUUUCCGCCAGCAGAUCUUCGAUACGAAGAAGUGCCAGAGAUGCCGAAGCCAAAAAGAAAAAGCGCAUGGCCCAGAUGAACGCUUUGUUCGACGACGGCAGGAUAAAGCUACAACGAGAGAGCCGCAUGGACGAAAUCCACCGACGAAACAGCGAUCUCCUACGAGACAAUGAUCUUGAAAAGAAACAGGCUGCUGCAGAUACCCAUAGUGAAAGCGAUGGUGACAAACCUGGUAACGAAAAGAGUGAUUCCCAGGAAGAUCAUCAAGAGAGCUAUUACGGAAACCUACAGCCAGUCGAUACCAAGGAAACUCUGUGUUUGGGAUCGCGAAGGACUCUGCAGUUAUCCAAUGUUAUGGACAUAAGCUCAUCACUUGGCCCGGGCAACAAAAAGUCUCGUUGUGCUACUACGGCAUGCACUACGGCAUGGUCGAGCUUCGAUGAGGCCCUCACCGAUUUCCGGACCCUUCUCUUGAUAAACCAGCAGCAGCAAAUCACAUCUCAAUUUACGUCUCUCCGCGAGGAGCUAUUGCAAUCUCGAGUAACCAAAUCGCAAAACUUGUUUCGUAUGUAUCUCAAAGAACAGCUGAUGUGCAAGCAAGAAAAUGCCGAUCGGGUCAAGCGCAUCCCCGUCGAUAUAUUGAGAUGGCUGAUGUCGCUGGCUUGUGGUCCGAUGGCCCGUGGAUGUUCGAUCGGCAACAGCGGCAACAGUAGCAGCAGCAGCAAAAACAAUCAGAUGAAUAGAGAAACAAAAAUGACGAAGCAAUCGAGUACGGGGAGAACUAAAAAGGUUGCGGAAAAGGAAAACAGUUCUAGCCGGACGACAGAUUCAGAAGCAUCGCUAAGAAUUUGGAGUGACGCCAAACUUGGCUGUUAUCGAACCCUUUCUAAUCUUUGGUCUCACGGUUUGGGAUUUCCCCUGCAGCAAGAAGAAAAUAAGGAAGUUUACUUACUUUCGCUUUCGGCCUUGUCUGAUCAGCUAUGCCAAUGGUUUGGAUCGACUUUACCGUUGGAGACGAGGAGAGAAAAUAAGGGGAAGAAUGAGAAUGCGGAUAACCGGAUUGGUAAUGCUGUAUCUGAGGUCCGACCUUCGUCGUCGCCGUCGACUUCGCCGGCUACCGGGUUAGUUGGUAAAAAUAACCAAGGUUCGAUCCGUCUUGUGAAUGAUCGCGAUGCCCUGUCACACUUUCUGGAAUUAUGGGCUCUAGCCCUUCGACAACAGAAUUAUAAUAGCAUGAUCGAGAACAAUGUAUUUCUAGUGGAUUUUUGCUACGACAAGAAUGAUCGUGAGGGCUUCCAAAGAGAUAUUUGCAACACUAUUGUGGCUGUCUUGUGGGUUGGAUUGGACCCAGCGUUCGCAUCAAGUGAUAGGUACGUACCGAGUGCGAGAUCUCGCGGACAUUCAAGUCAAAAGCAGAUUUGUUCUGAGAUAUUGUUCGUAAUUGAAUCUAAUACGAAUAUCUUUCAUGUGUCAUAUCAUUUCAACGGCAGUGCGAAAGAUGACUGCAACAGAUCUAUCCAAACCAUUAUACAAUGUCUUCUGGAUAGAGUGCGUUGGGAAGCAGAAGCGCACGAUGAGCAGAGUAAUUGUAGCAAAGAUGGCGUCAAUGUCUCUUACGAGCAGUGUCUUGAAAGACUUUCAGAACGAAUCUGCACCACCUGGUCGACGAAAUUAGGACGCGGUCUAAAGGGGACGGAUGCAUACGACGAUGAUCAAGCGUGGCUUUCGUUGGCACGGACUGUUGCCAUGCUCGAAAAUAUGGACAUAUCAUUUGAAGAUGAAAACGACGGCCAACAUAGAACCAUUUCAUCCUUGAAAGAUUUCCAGUUGUGUUUGUGCGAGAGCAUCCUGAAUCGUGCUUUCAGCUAUAAACAUGAUGAUCGGAACAAAAACCGCAAGGAAACGAAGACUGAAACAUCUAACACUGACAACUGGGUGCCAAGUCGAGUGAAAGAAGAAAUGGUUAAAUUGGGAAUACCAGAUGAGGCUCGCUCUUCUCAAUCUUGGAAAGCCUUAGCUUUAGCUUGUAUAGGCUUGGCCAAGCUUGCCAUUUUCUUUCCUGAACGUGAAGCGAGCAAGUGCUUCGCCACGAUGCAUAUAUGUACAGUUUGCUUUCGACUCGCUGUUGUAGAUUUGCAGAAGACAAUUAAAGAGAGAUGCCUGAAUGAGACAAAGAAGGAGGAUUUCGAAGAAAAUGAAAAUGUUCAGCCUUCAAACAAAUCCGACACUGCUGAUUCUUCAGAAAGUGUUACAGACAACAACAUUUUGGAAAAGCAUGCUCUCUACGAUGCCUUUGAGCGAAUCGAAAGUCUUACUCAAAUGAUCUCAAGCAGGACUCGUGUGCUUAUUAUGCAAAACAUUUGCUACCCAUGGGCUAGUCACAUGGCUGAGACCAUGCGAACCUACGCUCGUUUACAAAAGGGGGAAUUCACUCCUGCGUUCUUAAAAGAUACGCCUUUGAAGCAACAGGCAAAGAUCAAUGCCUUCUUUAAUAGCAGCUAAACCGAUUAUCUACUGAGCUACUGACUUUUUGAAACUGUGGCAAAAGUGCUCUACGUGACCUAGACGAGCUGGGUGUGGUAUGGAGACAGGAGCAAUCGAAAGGAUAUACUUAUAGUAUGCAGAUAUCUUCUAUCCUCAAGGUUAUGGGUAGCUAGUAGUAGCAGUAGCAGUAGUAGCAGUAGUAGAGACAAGGGUGGUAUUUUGCUACUAGUAGUGUCAGUACCAGGAGCUAUAUUUGCUGUAAACUUCUUAACAGAGGUAGUAGUAGUAGUAGUAGUAGUAGUAGUAGUAGUAGUAGUAGUAGUAGUAGUAGUAGUAGUAGUAGUAGUAGUAGUAGUAGUAGUAGUAGUAGUACAUCAGAUGCUACUACACAAAUGAAUCCUCCCAAGACUCAAAAAUUCAAUAAUUAUUGUGAUCAGUC